AGCCCCUCGGAGGGACGAGGGUCCUCCGGCGGGCACGUUCAGCCCCGCACACCGCGAGCACCGGUGCCAGGAAGAGCUGUGACCCGCUGCUGCCGGGAAACACACUGUAAACAGUCAGGCUUUCUUCUCCCAGCAGCUUCACACACACCUGCACCAGUGACCCAGACGGAGUACCUGCAGGCUGCCGUGAGGGCUCCGUCUGGGACACGCGCUCGUGGCUUGGCACUCCUCUGGUGGAAUGCAAAUAUUGAUGUGAUUUAGUGCAUCACCGCCUGAUAAAGAUCAGCACCUGCAUGAACGGAGAACCAUGGACCCCGUUAGUCAGAGCAGAUACGCGCGCGUCCCGAGCUGCACUUCAUGUCAACCGAACGACACUAGAUUUAGUCGAGCCAAUGUUGGGCAAAUAAAAGGCCCUUUUAAUGGCAUAUUCGUGUGAGUCAAGCUUCGACACUAAAUUGGCAUUUUCAUCAAAAGAUGAAUGAGACAGUGAAUGUAUGUCUUUCCAUCACAGACAGUAUGUAGUUAAAAAGAGGUGUGGACUCGUUGAUGAAACAAAGAAACAAGAAUGAAUGACAGUAACUGACAACACAGCAUCCACACAGUUAAUGUCUGAAAAGCAGAAACAGCCAGCAAAAAAGAACUCUGCUCCUUUUCAGUCUGUGUAAAGUAUAAGGAAUAAGAUGUAGUGACUGAAUUGUGUGUAAUGUAACAAUAAUACAGACACGUUCUGUAAUAGCUACACAGUACAAAUGUAUUUAGAGGAGAAUGAAAUACUCUGUCAACUGUUCAAUUGAAAUGCUGUUACUGCGAAACCUAUACAAAUACAUGAGUAAUGGUGUUUUAUUUGUUUAUUUAUUAUUUCAACAACCAAGUAUUUUAGCUCUAUCUCACUGCCAGAUACUAACAAAAGGCUGUCGUUUUUGGAUUUUGUCCGCAAAGCAAAAGGGUGAAGGAUGCAUCUACAAUGGUGUAAAUGAUGAUACUACUACCAAUAAUUAUACUACUACUAUACUACUUCAACUGGCAAUAAGAAAGCUCCUUGAUACAAUAAUAAUGCUUGGCUACAUCAACAAGUGUGUAUUGUUGCUGGAUCGUCCAUGUCAUUGCUCCAAGUGACAUGAAUUGCAUGGCAUUUAGUAUAGAUGGACAGUCAGUGUAUAUGUGGAAGUUAAAGUGUGUCAGAAAAGCAAUUUGUCUUGUAAAUAUGGCAGUUAAAUGUUACACAUUUACAAUUUAAUGUACUGUUGCCUCCUGCUUUCCACGUUCACUUGUGAUUCUACGAGCACUGCGUAGAACAGCAGAAGAGCGAGUGACGUCACUGACUGGCACCGCUGCCUACCGCGCCGCUCCAUUGUAAUGGCCCAGACACAAAGAUAGGUCUGCAUGGUGGCUCUUCUCUUCUGGGACUGAGGGACCCAGAAGAAAAAUAGGUCAUUGGUCUUGUGAAAACAGAGGAGCACAAACCGUGAUCUUUGAUCUCUGAUCUCUGAGGCUUGGGAGUUACUUAUUGAGAGUGUUUCUGGUGUUGUAGAAUGACACCCAUUUUUACCUGGAGAUGGAGUUAGUCCUUCAUCUGCUGUCGAUACAGAUUCUUGUUAUAUACAUACAGAUUCUAGUAUUGCCAUUGAAUUUGCUUCCAUACUUAAAAAAAAUCCUCAUUAUUGAGUCAAUGAAUGUGUUGCAUUUUAAAUAGCCCGUUUGAGCUGCAAGCUAUGUUUAAAAAAAAUGAAGAAACAAAGAGAUUUGCCCUUUCUGCAUGUGCUAGUUUCUUCCAGAGAUCAUGCACGUACAUCAUCAGGUCUCAGCACCCUUGGUCAGUCUGCUCACGCUGACACAGGUGGACAGCGAGAGCUGUUCCCCACCUCUGGGAACCUGUUGUCUGCCUCCUGCACAUGUUCAACGUCGUUUUACGUACCCCAUCUUUUGUGUUUGACACCGAUAUGUUGAAGUCAUCGAACUCAUCUGCUAUACACGAGGCUGACAUACCUGUGUCUGUGUGCUUAACCUACUUUUCCCACUAAUGGCUCCAGUGUUCUAUACUGACCCAUUCAUCCCAUUAUGUACAUAAUGCUGGCUCUGAGUAAACAGUCGUCCGUCCUCUUGGUUGAGCUGCGACGUCUCCGCAUUCACAUGGACGCAAAAUGCCCCAUUUGACAAACUGUCCUCAUGUCACCCAUAGCCCACAGAGUUCAAAGUUUGCAUGCUGUUUAUCAGAUGGAUGCAACAUUGGUGCGCUCCCAAACACAAUGCCGUUGUGAGGAGUGCUGAUGGACGUGGUUGUUCACUUGUCACUGUUUGCAUUCCUGUAUUCUGCGACACUAGGUCUUUCUUUGCUCCGUGGCGUGUUAAAUAUACAGACCUCGUAUGACGUUAAAGCAAAUGAGAUCCGAGCCUCAAACAAAAAAUGUAAGCCUUUUGUCAAAAUUAAAUUUCAUCGCUCUGACGUUGUGAGAAAUACACACUUGAUUCCAGCGUCACUGCUUUUCAAAUGUGAUCUUGUUUUCUGUUUUCCUUUAUGUAUUUACACAGAUAUUUCUUUUCUCAUCCUCAUUCUUUUCAGGUCUGACCUGGUGCCUAACAGGAAUAUGAUCGACGCAAUGAUAACCCUAAAUUCAAAUUUCACUCUGAACAUGGGUAGCCUUCAAAUUCUUUGCAAAAUAAAUGAUUUUGUUACUUAUGUUUUAACCAUACGAAAUUGGAAGCCAUAAAAUGGACCUAGUAUCUGAUGGAGCCCUCUGUUUGGAUCUCUUCCUUCCAUUAUUGGUCCCUAGACUCAGCCCACAUGCUGGGGACUGCAGUGCACAACAAACCUCGUAGGACCCUGGUGUCUCCUGUGGGCUCACUAUCUUCCCACCGUGGGAUUAGGAAGUCUAUUAGGUGAAACAAUUGAGUGAUUCCCAACGGCCAAACAAGUCAUUAAACAAAGGAAUUCUAGUGUGUCUUCGGAAAUACGUAUUGAUGAAGACUGAACACUUGACAGUUUUUAGAUGUAAAACCCAGUAGACACAUGUUUUUAGAAUAUACAGCUAUACUUUAUUUACAGAAAUGUUUCACCCAUUAUUUUGAGGUUCUGUUUGAGUACAAGACCUACAGUGUUUUUAUGGUUUCUGCACUGCUCAUGUCGUGGGUGAGACGGUUUGAGAGCUUCCUCUUGUUUCUCGCUGCUGCUUUUAGAAAGCAUCCCAGACCAGCCUUUUGAAACAGUUUGCUCUAUUUGUGCCAGAAUCGUGGAAGUCCACCCCAAACUCUGCGGUCCACUGGCAUUAAUCUGUGGGUGUUUCUGAUGGCAUGAGUCCACCUAGGCUCCAUUUAGCUCUUCUCACCGUCACUAUCUGAAAUGACGCCAACAAAUGCUGAGUCACCCAACAGCUUCUGAAGAUAGCAGGCUGAGUUGUUGUGCAGAAGGCCUGGGGUUGACAAGGUGACAUUUAAGGUUCCCUUGUGAAGCUCCCUGUAACGCUGAGUGUACGUCUUAGCUUUCACAGAUGUGGUUUGUAGGUGGCCAUCAAGAUCAUUGACAAGACACAGUUGGAUGCUGUUAACUUGGAGAAGAUCUACAGGGAAGUUCAGAUUAUGAAAAUGCUGGAUCAUCCUCACAUCAUCAAGCUUUACCAGGUAAUGGAGACGAAGAAUAUGCUUUAUUUAGUCACGGAGUACGCCAAGAACGGGGAAAUAUUUGACUACCUGGCAAAGCACGGCCGCCUCAGCGAGCUGGAGGCCAGGAGGAAAUUCUGGCAGAUCUUGUCUGCAGUGGAGUAUUGUCACAACCGCAACAUUGUUCACAGGGACCUGAAGGCAGAGAAUCUGCUGCUGGAUGGACACAUGAACAUCAAAAUUGCUGACUUUGGAUUUGGGAACUUCUUCAAGCCCGGUGAGCCCCUGGCCACGUGGUGCGGCAGUCCACCCUACGCUGCCCCGGAGGUCUUCGAAGGUCAACAGUAUGAGGGACCACAGUUGGACAUCUGGAGCAUGGGGGUGGUGCUGUACGUGCUGGUGUGCGGUGCGUUGCCCUUCGAUGGGCCCACCUUGCCUGUUCUCCGCCAGAGAGUCUUGGAAGGCCGGUUUCGCAUCCCGUAUUUUAUGACUGAAGACUGUGAGCAUCUCAUCCGAAGGAUGCUGGUCCUGGACCCAUCGAAGCGACUCUCCGUGACUCAGAUCAAGGAGCACAAGUGGAUGGCCCUGGACGUUCCCACUCAGCGACCGGUUCUGUACCAGCCGCCUCUGCCGGCCGAGGAUGAUGUCGGCAUGGGAGAGUACAGCGAGCAGGUCCUGCGCUUGAUGCACAGCCUGGGUAUCGACCAGCACAAGACUGUGGAGUCUUUGCAGAACAAAAGCUACAACCACUUUGCUGCUAUCUACUACCUGCUGGUGGAGCGACUCAAGGCCCAUCGCUGCAGCUUCCCCGUGGAACAGAGGCUCGACGCCCGGCAGCGGCGGCCCAGCACCAUCGCAGAGCAGACCGUUGUCAAGUCAACGAGCGGUUCUGCCCAGGUGGGUCUGCUGCCACAGGGUGUUCGUCUGCUGCGUUCCCCUGCUGUUCCCCAAGUCUCAGAUGCUUUCACCUUCUCCCAGACUGCAAGUAACCUGGAGCAGAAUUUCAUGGUCGAAGACGUCAACACACCUAAAGUGAAUGGCUGCCUCCUGGACCCUCUGCCUCCGCCUACUGUGCUCAGAAAGGCCUCCGUCUCGUCUCCUAGCAACAUGAUGGAGACAUCAAUUGACGAGGGCAUUGAGACGGAGGAGCCCGACGCAGAGGACGAUCCGCCCCACCUCCUUCUGGCCUAUCAGACGUCUCGUUUCGGCCAGCGGCGGCACACCCUGUCUGAGGUCACCAACCAGCCUGGGACCUCCACCCAAGGUAAACUGUUUGCUCUGGGCCACAAUCCCUCUAUGGGAAGUGUGGAUUCGGACAUCGGCUACGACAUGGGCUCCAUGCAAAGUGACCUGGGCUUACUGGAGGACCCGCCGGCUCUCAGUGAAGUUGCACCUGGCUCCAGGUCCAGCCACGGUGUUGCCCCGGCGCCAUUCUUGAACAGUCGGCCCGCCAACCCAGCCAUGGCUGCUCUGACCUCCCAGCACAGGGAGACGCACAACCGCUCCCCCAUCAGCUUCAGGGAAGGGCGUCGAGCCUCCGACACCUCGCUCACCCAAGGUCUGGUGGCGUUUCGGCAGCACCUUCAGCACUUGGCGAGGACCAAAGGAAUCCUGGAGCUCAACAAGGUCCAGAUGCUUGUUGAGCAGAUGGGCUCCGGGGAAGCGGCCGCCAUGGGCCCCCUGGGGCCCCAGCUUCAUUUGCACAAUCUCCUGGAGGGUGAAGCGUCCAAGCAGCAGGAAGGACUAGCUUUAUACCAGGGUGGGCUGCAGCCCCCGCUUCUGUCGCGCAGGCAGAGCUUGGAGACACAGUACCUCACGCACAGACUACAGGCCAAUGUCUUGGCUAACAGUCCCGCUAGCUGCCAGCUUUUCUGUAAGGAGACUCCCCGAAGUUUAGAGCAACAGCUGCAGGAGCACAGGCUGAACCAGAAGAGGAUGUUCCUGCAGCAGCAGACUCAGGGUCUGGGGCUGCAGACCUACUUCAAUCAGAUGCAGAUUGCUGAGGGCUCCUUCCAGGCCGGGGCCCCCGCUGUGGACAUGGCAGCUUCACAGAGCUCCCCUCAGGGCCCCUCCACUGCCCACCAGCCUCCACCUCAUCAGCCCUUCGGCCACCCUCACAGCCUGACCCCCCUCAUGGAGCCCGGCGAGGGCCCGCUUUACGAGCCGUACAUGAGUCAUGCUCACUACAGCCAGGGGCCCGCUGCAUCUCACCACCACCCCCAGCAGCGUGAGGCUCCGCUGGGGGGUCUGGGCUUCAGCUACCCACCAGGCUGCGAGCAGCAGGCCCCAGGUCCCCCGGCGGACUACGACUUUCCCCUGGACAUGAACCUGCUGCCCCCAGCGGCCCCUGCGGAGGGCGCUGCUGCGGCACUCCCUGCUCAGCUGCAGCCGGAGAGUCUGGCCCUGCCCGAGUUCCAGACCUCCCUCCUGGACAGCGAGAUGAUGGAGACGGUGGACUCUCAGCACGGCUUCGUCCUGGUCAACUGAAGGUCAAGUGAAGUGCGUGUGAGAGGCGAGUGGAAGCUGCAGGGAAGGGAGCGUGAAAAGAAAAGGAUUCAGUGACUCCAAAAAACUCCACACGUGCGUUGUGAUGAAGCUUAGAGAACUUUCUUCCAAAUCCUCCCUCAGCUUUCCUCCCGAUCUCCUUCUCCUCGGCUCUCAGUCAGUGGCUCAGCAGGAGGCAGGCGGAGGGUGCGGGCGCGUGUGAGCCGGGAUGAAGCCACUCACCGGGACAGGGUGAGCCAGCGGCCGGCGGGAGCACAACUGCUGACUGUGCGCUUUGUCUUCACCGUAGGACGAUGACGUCAGACUCUGUGGUUUUCUAGUAGAGAUGGAACGACUGAAGAGAAAAGAGGACGGCCCUCCUUCACCAGGACCUCACUCCCGGUUUCACCUUCUCCCCGGGUCACAUGAGGCGUGUGACCCGGCGGACGGUUGCUGUCAUGUGACCUGACACCAGGAGGUUCUGCUCAGUUGCGUGGCCCUGGUGAGCGAGGGCCGGUGUCACCAGCUGGUGUUUGGCUGCAAAGUUUCUGUGAUUAAACAGUCGAUAUUUUUGUGGCAAUACUGAAGCAAUAUUAAUCCUUGAUGUUGUGGGGGGAGGGAGGGGGGCUCACCUGCACCUCUGAUUGGCUCCAGAGUGUGACGUCACUGGAGCUCAUGAUGUAACCAGGAGAUUAUGUCUCGCUGGAUGUGCAGGGUGAUAUGAAUGUGAGAGAGAGUGUGUGUGUGAGUGUGUGAGUGUGUGUGUGUGCGCGGCUAAUGAUUUUGCACAAUUCAGAUCUUCACAUUUCAUGGCUCAGUGAAGUGGGCAGCGGCCUGUAGCUGUCACUCAUCAUGGCGAGACACAGACCAACCCACGUUUGCCCUCUGACCUCGGCGCUGCAGAACAUCUGUCACGCUGGAUGACUGCGCUGCUUCGUGGGCGGAGCCAGUGGCAGGGCUCAGGUGGAGGCAGCCGGAGAGUGUGGCUCAGUGUUGCGUGAGAGUCGAAGCCAAAUCCGCCCGGGACGCCCGCUCACCCACAACACUGGUGUCUGGAGUCACAGAGUGAAGAAAAGCUGCACACGACACUUGGGUUCCCUGCCUCGGUUCCCUGCCUUCUGAGUGAGACGCCUGGGCUGAGGGCCGUGUCGGGAGGAGUCGGGCGUCCCAGGUGGAUUUGAGCGCCGUCGGCACGACUGUGAAACGGGCGGCUGAAGAGGAGCGGGAUGAUCUGUGGGGAAAGGAAUACUGGAGCACUUUGGACAGAAGGGGAAUGUAGCCAGAGAGGACGGCGUCGUCGCCGCCGGCCUCUCGCUCCCCCGCCAGCGAUGGACGUCUGCGGAGCGAGACGCAACACUUCACUGACGGUUCAUUUCCUCUGAAGACGGUGACACUUUUCGGUCUGAGACGAGUGUUGUCUGUACAAACCUAGUGGUGUAGUGAGUCGGGCUCGGCUCCUGUGUGGGAUGUGACUUCAGUGUUCUGUGUGCCUUUUGCUUUUUUUCACAUCUAAAUUAAGGAUGUAAAUUGAACCUUUUUCAUCUCAGUUCAUUGCUUUGCCUUUUUUUUGUUUCCCGAAAGUGGUAGAAUCAGGUUCGACAAAGGUACCAAAACCAAAGCCCCUCAGAAGUUCCCCCGUACCACCCACCAUGUGGCGUCCUGGAGCUUCUCUCUCUGCUUCUGUCCCCGCCUCCGUCUUCUUCUUCUCGGUCGAUCAAUCAGUGUUUGCCAUUUCAAAGUAUUAUAGCAAUAUUCCUCUGAAGUUUCUAGUGGUUUCCUCGUGUCAUGAUUUCAUCCUGAUGAACUAAAAUGCAUCGGUCCGUCGAUAGAAAUACACUUUUGUAUUCACCACCGUUGAUGUUGGCCACACAUAAGCUAACCUGCUGUUGAGAUUAAAAAGGUUUAUUGAACGGAACAUGUCUCGUCUUGUCUUUGUCCUGGAGACACCGUCAUCCAUCCGCCAAGGUCACGCUCUCCUGAGGCUUCAUGAGGCUUCAUGAAACACUCUCCUCAUUUCCAGAGGCCUGUAGAUGGCGGUCUCUGCUCAGAAAUCUUUGGAUCUGAACAACCAUUUCAACAAAGUCACCUCAUUUUUCAACCCACAGCGCCACCUGCCGAGCUCUAGAAAGGUCACUGUUUCACGAAGCCUCAUCUGCCCAUCCCUAACCCUAACGCUAACCCUACCCCUAACCCUAGCCCUAACCCUAGCCCUAACCCUAACCCACUAACCCUAACCCUAACCCUAACACUAACCCUAGCCCUAACCCUAACCUAACCCUAACCCUAACCCUAACGCUAGCCCUAACCUAGCCCUAACCCUAACCCUAGCCCUAACCCUAACCCACUAACCCUAACCCUAACACUAACCCUAGCCCUAACCCUAACCUAACCCUAACCCUAACCCUAACGCUAGCCCUAACCUAACCCUAACGCUAGCCCUAACCUAACCCUAACCCUAACCCUAACCCUAGCCCUAACCUAACCCUAACCCUAACCCUAACCCUAACCUAACCCUAACCCUAACCCUAACCCUAACCUAACCCUAACCCUAACCCUAGCCCUAACCCUAACCCUAACCCUAGCCCUAACCCUAACCCUAACCCUAGCCCUAACCCUAACCCACUAACCCACUAACCCUAACCCUAACCCUAAACCUAACCCUAGCCCUAACCCUAACCCUAACCCUAACCUAACCCUAGCCCUAACCCUAACCCUAACCCUAGCCCUAACCCUAACCCUAACGCUAGCCCUAACCCUAACCUAACCCUAACCCUAGCCCUAACCCUAACCCUAACCCUAACCCUAAACCUAACCCUAGCCCUAACCCUAACCCUAACCCUAACCUAACCCUAACCCUAACCCUAGCCCUAACCCUAACCCUAACCCUAGCCCUAACCCUAACCCUAGCCCUAACCCUAACCCUAACCCUAACCCUAGCCCUAACCCUAACCCUCACACUAACACUAACCCUAACUCAAGCUGAAACCCUAACCCUAACCCUCGCCCUAACCCUAACCCUAACCCUAGCCCUAACCCUAACCCUAACCCUCGCCCUAACCCUAACUCAAGCUGAAACCCUAGCCCUAACCCUAACCCUAACCCUAGCCCUAACCCUAACCCUAACCCUAACCCUAACCCUAGCCCUAGCCCUAACCCUAACCCUAACCCUAGCCCUAACCCUACCCCUAACCCUAGCCCUAACCCUAACCCUAACCCUAACCCUAGCCCUAACCCUAACCCACUAACCCUAACCCUAACCCUAACCCUAACCCACUAACCCUAACCCUAACCCUAACCCUAACCUAACCCUAACCCUAACCCUAACCCUAA